GACACGGCCUGCUCUGAGCCAAGCUCCAACCAUCUGAUCUGGUUCACCUACAGAAACCUUAUUAUGGCCUGGCCACAUUGAAGCCCAUGCAGCGGAGCCAACAUAUCGUCUGUGCACACCUCUCAUCCUGGUCGUCAAGUCGCGCGUGGCUUAUCGAUUCCAGCGCUACCACUACCACUACGAAAGCGGGAGUAACACCUCAUCCCAACGUUGGCCGCCUCAGCAUACGCGAUGUGCCUCAGUCUGCAGCUCUCGCGCCAACAAACCGAGCAGCGUGCAGACAAAGGAAUGCCCGGCUCAGCAUCGGAAAGUCAAGCAUUCGACACGUAGUACCACGGCAAGCGAGCAAAGUCAAGCAAAGUCCACUUCUUACCAGUCUCUACCUCCCCCUCGCUGGAUGCCAAGAGGGAGGUAGUGACGAGGCAGACCGAUGGGCCCCCGACGGAGGAGCAAUGGUCCAAGCUCCGAGACGAAAGGGUCAAGCUCGAAGAGGAGCGAAGCGAGAUGAAGGUGAAUAGACAUCCUUUCGACAUGCCAAGAAGCCAUGCGAACCAGAUCAAACAGCACGCCGGCAAAAUGGCGCACGUUCACGACACCUCAGCUCAGCAAGAUCACAGCAAGCUCAAGAAUGACGUUUCUUGUGAGGCUCGCGUCGCUCCACUCCUGCCCGGUAGCA